AUGGUAGAUUGUGGCAAGUCUGGUAAGGCUCAGUUCGACGCAUUCAAAGCAAGUCCUUAUCCGGCAGGAGAAAGACUCUAUGAACAAGACAAAAGCUUCUCCCUUACAUCAAACGAUAUCAACGGCAGAAGUAGAAAGCAAAGUAGAAGUAAAUCAGAGGGAGAGGUUCAACAGACAGCUGGAGAAAAGCCUCGCGAUCAAAGCAAAAACAAAAGGAUAGAAAAGAAAGCAUUCCAACUAUUCCAAUCUUCAAAAGGUUUAAGCAUGGAGGAAUGUACAAAGAAAGCCACCGAAGAGCUACGUAAGAACACUAGAAUGUAUUCCCAGAAACAUAGAGAGAAACUGAAAGAGCAAGGAAUGAAAAGAAAGCGAUACCAUAGAGAAGGCUAUAAUACCAAAGAUGAAAUUAUAGGGCGGUACAUCGUGAAACUCUUGGGGGAGAAGAAUGGUAUCGUUCGGCAUGAUGAUGCAAGAAAAUUAGCAGAGCAACUUUAUUCGCAGGGGACAAGGGAAAGAUCUGCCAAACACAGAAGAAAGAAAAGGCUUUUAAAGGCAAAUAAAAACGAUGGCAAGGAAGAGGAAGCUGGUAAAAAGUAG